GGCGGGGCCCGAGGGAGGAAGGCGGGAGGUCGGUGGAGCGGCCUGCUUUGCCCGCGGACCUCGGCUGCGCAGCGGAAACGCCUCCCGGGCGCGCGGCUCGCCAUGGAGGAGCUGCAGAACCGUCUGCAGGAGACCCUGGCCGUACUGUCCCCGCAGGAGCUGCGCCACUUCCGCAUCAUCCUGCAGAAGGUGGACGAGGAGCCGCGCGUGAGCCAGGUGCAACUGGAGUUGGAGGGCGGCAGCGCUUCGGGACUGGCCCGCCUGCUGGCCCGGCACUACUACCUGCCGGAUGCCGCGCGCGUCUUCACCACGGUGCUGCAGCGGCUGCGCCGCGUCGACCUGCUGGCGCGCUGGAAGGGCGAGACUGCCGAGGGCGCUGUGAUUCCGAGAAAGAUUUCCAAGAGAAGCUUUGACUGUGUGGAAGGUGAACUGGACCGUUAUGACCUGAGUGGCCAGCGGAGGGCAUUCCUCAUGUGUGUGAAGAAGAACAGGUCUGGGGCCAACCGUGACAUCACACUAAUGAAGGAAUGGCUGGGCCAGUGCCAAUUUGAGGACACACUGUGCAUCGAUCCUGACAAAAUGGACCUUGGCAAGGAAAGAAAAGAUAAUGGUGUUGAAACGGAUGAUGAAGCCAUGGACACUGAUGACGUAUCAGAGACGAGGAGGCUUCCCACGUUCAGCGAUUACUUCAUCAUCUAUCCUACCCAGGCAGAUCAUGUUGCUUUGCGGCACCCCCGAAACGGCUCUGUGAUGAUUGAAGCGAUGAUUGAAGUCUUUAAACAGUAUGGAAAUAAGUGGCACAUCGCUGAUUUCUUCACCAGAGUGAAUAACAUAGUGGUACACACUGAAUUCCACCUACAGAAGGAACCAAUAAAAGUAUCGCUUGUAAUGGAAUCAACUUUAACUAAAUCUGUGUACUUUUGAUGCCAGGAAGAUUUAAAAAUAAGACUGCUUUAUAAAAAACUUUGUUUUCUAAAGUACAUUUGUAGCAUAGGACUAACAGUUAUCAUUCAAUAUCAUUUCUGUCACUAGUAUUUAUCUGAUUUGUUUUGUGUACUUGUUACUGGAUUUGUAUACAGUUAUUCAAUACUUGUAAAUAAUUUGACUUCCUUUAAAAGGCCACUGUUUUCUGAACAUUUUUUUCCUGAACUAUUAUCAAAACAUGGAAGUCCAGCUCUAUUUGUAUACUGUUGUCAUCCUGUGAUUCUCUGCUGAUUUCACCCCACCCUCUCCCACUCAGAAUUUGGUACUCCUUUGAUUCUCAUUUUCUUGGCUUAGAUUUCAAACACUGGCUUUAUGUAGGUUUGUCCUCUGUGUCAUCUGAUGGCCCCUGGGGGCAUCUGCAGCCAGACUGGUUUCCUUUCUGACUCUGUAAGCCGUCCUCAAGCCAUGCUGGGUGUCUCUGCCUGUACGUGGUACCCUUGAUGCCUUCCCAGUUUCCACCUCCCACCUGUUCCCCAGCUCCUCUUGGCUGCCUCAGUAUGUUGGGACUACCACUGUCCUUCAGAGUUUGGCUCCAGCAUGCUGGCUCAGGGACGUCUGUGUUUCUCCGUAGCGCUAGUGCUGCUGUGGGGUGCAUGCCUGUGUACUGGCUGCUUGGUUUCUGUCUGCACCUGCCCUGAGCUCUGAGGCCAUGUGCUCCCUUCCUUCCUGUACCCCAGCUUUCAUUGUGCCUUAAGACACAGAGAAGCUCUGUGGUGAAUAUUUAGUGAUUGUUGGUACCUGUCUUCCAGUGAUGUUAUCCGUUCCCCAGAUCCUGCAUUAUCUCUGCAUAUCUAGCCCCUGUUAGUUGUCCUCACUGGAUGAUGAAUAGCCAUUUUAACAAGUUGAAAGUUAGCCUAACUUUCCCCUAAAUCUCUUCAUAAAGAGAUUCAUGUCAUAAUAAAUUUAUUAUGAUACCCCCCCAUUGUUAAUAAUCCUUGAACUCCCCACAACCUGCAGAAUAGACUCCCAAGUCCCCCAGGGCCUCCCACAUGCCACAUGUGCAGGGUCUGUUUGUCUUGGUCCUGGCCCCACCCAUGAUUUGCCCCUUCAGUCACCCUCUCAGAAUUGGCUUGUGGGUGAGUGAACUUGAAUGAAUGCUUUCUCAUCUCUGCCUGCAGUGCCCUUCACACUCUCUGGACCACACAUUCUGCAGGGUACAACUUGGGGCCCAUCCCACCAGAAAGAAAACCUGUAUGUAGACCAGGUUUUUAGAGUAACAAACUCUGGACUGAGCAGGAGUCAUCACUGCAGCUGCGUCUAACUUUUGUGUAACCUUAGAAUGUAUUUGGACCUGUUUCCCCAUUGUUAUAAAGAAGAUUUGGCUCAGUUGGGGCUGGAGAACUUAUCUUGCGGGCCUUCGGUGAGCUCUGACUUCUUAGUAAGCCUGCUGGAUGCACAUCCUGCAGAUGCUGUGCCUGGGAUUCAAGCUACCUGGGUGAGGAGGCAGGUGUCUGAUUAGAGUGCUCGGAAGACUGAGGG